GAGUGAUGGUGGUGGCGGCGGCUGUGGUGGCGCCUGCCUGGGUCCCACAAGAAGCGAAUAAAGAAAGGGGCGCCGCCGCUAUGGAACGCAGAGGCGGAGACGAGGAAGCAGAACCAGAGGAAACUGAUCUAAAUGAAGUAAGAGAGGAACCCCAACAUGUAAAGAAGUCUUCAGACACAGGAUCGGUGAAGCUUGGAUCCGUUAUCAAAUCCGGAUACAGGAAGAUGGAAUCAAGGUCAUCCGGAUCCAAUGAGAACUUUGAGAUCGUAAUCCAGAGAUUGAAGGAGAAAAUAGUGGCUGGGGAUAAGAAUGCGUUAGAGCUGAUGAGGAUAUUAGGAUUCCCUGUUAGAAUGGAAAUUCUAAAAUACUAUGGGGAUGAUGAUGAUGAUGAUGAUGAUGAUGAUGAUGAUGAUGAUGAUGAUGAUGAUGAUGAUUAGAAGAAAGAUGGAUCUAUUGCUACCACCACACCAGCAUAGCCAUUCAGAAUCAAUGAGGGCAGAGAGGAAAGCUGAGUGUGUGGGGGCUGACUUCUGUCGUUUCUUAAGUGUUCUAUAUAUUCACCAACACUUAUUAUUUUCUUUGUUGAAAGCAUCCUAUUUGUGUCACCACUUCAAUUUUGAGAGUAACAUAAAUCUGUGCUGUUUGUAAGGACAUCAGUCAAAUAUUUCAAAGUCCUCCUCUCGCAUCCUUCUGCAUUUUUCUUUUUUUUUUAUUUUCUUUUACUUUCAUUCUUAAUUUCUUUUUUUUUUGCAUCUUCCGUCCUUUUCUUCUGGUUCUCUACUGCUUUUAUACUUUUGUUUUCACCCAUACUUCUCUUCUUUACCUGCUCUUCCUUCACCUCCCUUCUACCUUAUCCCUAUUUUUUUCAAUCUCUUCUUUUUUCCCUCCUCAUCCCUAUUCUCUUCUUUCAUAAUGAUCUCUGCAUCAUCUAUUCCUUUCUUUUUCCAUUUUAUUUUUAUACAUAGCUUUCCAUCCUUUACUCAUUUUCUUCUUUCGCCUUCAAUCUAUCAAUUCCCCGCCCUAUUCCCUUAAUCGACAAAUUCGAAUAGUUUUCCACUGACAUCCUCCAAUUUCUUACCCACCAAUCUUCACUGUUUCACUGACAAACACUGACGGCACUAUAAAUAAAUAAAUAAAUAAAUAAACAAAUAAACGUUCAGCACUGCAAA